CGAACAAUGUCUCCCAAAUGUUGGUUGUUCACUUGUUUAGAAUUAUAAUUUAUAUCGUGAGCAUUGUCGUAUAUUGCAUAAGUAACGUACAUUAAAGAAGUGAUCUUCGUGAUGAUGUAUUAACUAGAUGCAUGUAAGUAUGAACGUUGCGGGAGUAAUCGAGCCCAAAGGCAGGCGUGAUAAACACAGUGAGUAUGGUGGCAACUCCCUCACUAGAGCUGAGUGCUGGAUGAUCUCAGCGACGUCCGCAUUCAGUACGCCCCUUCUAUAAUAACCUCGGGCCUGGAGGACGCUCGGUUCGAAUUCGUGAGAGCGCUGAUUUCGGUUUCCAAGAGGCGAGGCGAUAAAAGCGACGUCUUGAGAUGGCGGAAACUGCUCCUGCUCAACCACCAGCUGCGGCUACUUCAGCGCCUAAAAGCCCCAAGAAGAAGCGCGCCGCUCCAAAGGCCAAGAAGGUCGGCCCCAGCGUGUCCGAGCUCAUCCUCAAGGCUCUGGCCAGCAGCAAGGAGAGGAACGGCGUGUCUCUUCCUGCGCUCAAAAAGUCGCUUGCUGCCGGAGGAUACGACGUGGAGAAGAACAAUGCCCGCGUGAAGUUGGCCAUCAAGAAGCUCGUGGCCAAAGACGCCGUGGCGCAAGUGAAGGGCAGCGGCGCGUCUGGCUCUUUCAAACUCAACAAGGAAAAGGCUGCCGCAAAGGCGAAGCCCAAGUCGUCAACGGCAAAGCCCGCAGCUAAAAAGCCCGCGGCAGCCAAGAAGGUGAAGAAGCCCGCGGCAGCCAAGAAGACCGCGCCCAAGAAGUCUCCCAAGAAAGCAAAGAAGCCCGCGGCUGCCAAGGCGGCCAAGAGCCCCAAAAAGGUGAAGUCGGCUGUUAAGCCCAAGAAGGCGGCGAAGAGCCCAGCCAAGCCCAAGGCUGCGAAGCCCAAGGUCGCUAAGCCCAAGACCGUCAAGGCCAAGGCCGCCAAACCCAAGGUGGCCAAGCCCAAGAAGGCCGCGGCCAAGCCCAAGAAGACUGCGCCAAAGAAGUGAAUCCGAUGGGACGACCGACGCUCGAUUCACUCCACCUCAACGGCUCUUUUCAGAGCCACCCACUUCGUUAAAAAAGUGAACCAGAUGCUGCUGCGCUUCAAUUAGUUCAAAUUAACUGUGUAACAUUUCACCCACUCGAUGUGUUUUAAGCAUUGAUGUGAUGGGAGUGAUCGAGCCCGA